UUUCGGUGCUCGACUCGCCCGUGCUGCUGCGGCCGCCGAAGGAGGGGCAAAGCUCAAGAUGGCGGACAAAACGCCAGGCGGAUCUCAGAAGGCCAGUUCGAAGACCAGAUCAUCAGAUGUUCAUUCAUCUGGAUCUUCAGAUGCACAUAUGGAUGCAUCUGGACCCUCAGAUAGUGACAUGCCAAGUCGGACACGACCUAAGAGCCCAAGAAAACAUAAUUAUAGAAAUGAGAGUACCCGUGAAAGCCUUUGUGAUUCUCCUCAUCAGAAUCUCUCAAGACCUCUUCUAGAAAACAAACUCAAAGCCUUCAGUAUUGGAAAAAUGAGUACGGCUAAGCGAACUUUAAGUAAGAAGGAGCAAGAAGAAUUAAAGAAAAAGGAAGAUGAAAAGGCAGCUGCUGAGAUUUAUGAGGAAUUUCUUGCCGCUUUUGAAGGAAGUGAUGGUAAUAAAGUGAAGACAUUUGUGCGUGGAGGUGUUGUUAAUGCAGCUAAAGAAGAACAUGAAACAGAUGAAAAAAGAGGUAAAAUUUAUAAGCCCUCUUCAAGAUUUGCAGAUCAAAAAAAUCCUCCAAAUCAGUCAUCCAAUGAAAGACCACCAUCUCUUCUUGUGAUAGAAACCAAAAAACCUCCACUGAAGAAAGGGGAGAAGGAAAAGAAAAAAAGCAAUUUGGAACUCUUCAAAGAAGAAUUGAAACAAAUUCAGGAAGAGCGUGAUGAGAGACAUAAAACAAAAGGCAGGUUAAGCCGAUUUGAGCCACCUCAGUCAGAUUCUGAUGGUCAGCGUCGUUCUAUGGAUGCGCCUUCAAGAAGAAAUAGAUCAUCUGGUGUUCUUGAUGAUUAUGCACCUGGCUCACAUGAUGUAGGAGAUCCCAGCACUACUAAUUUAUAUCUUGGAAACAUUAAUCCACAGAUGAAUGAAGAAAUGCUUUGUCAAGAAUUUGGAAGAUUUGGACCAUUAGCCAGUGUGAAAAUUAUGUGGCCUAGAACUGAUGAAGAAAGAGCAAGAGAGAGAAAUUGUGGCUUUGUGGCUUUUAUGAAUAGAAGAGAUGCUGAAAGAGCUUUAAAAAAUUUAAAUGGAAAGAUGAUUAUGUCAUUUGAAAUGAAGUUAGGUUGGGGUAAAGCUGUGCCUAUUCCUCCACAUCCAAUAUACAUUCCGCCUUCUAUGAUGGAACAUACGCUUCCCCCACCUCCAUCAGGACUGCCUUUUAAUGCGCAGCCUAGAGAGAGGUUAAAAAACCCCAAUGCUCCAAUGUUACCGCCACCUAAAAACAAGGAGGAUUUUGAGAAGACUCUGUCGCAAGCCAUAGUCAAAGUGGUUAUCCCAACAGAAAGGAAUUUGCUCGCCCUGAUACACCGAAUGAUAGAGUUUGUUGUACGUGAAGGGCCAAUGUUUGAAGCUAUGAUUAUGAACAGAGAAAUCAACAAUCCUAUGUUCAGGUUCUUAUUUGAAAACCAGACACCAGCCCAUGUUUACUAUAGGUGGAAGCUUUAUUCUAUUCUGCAGGGAGAUUCUCCAACUAAGUGGCGGACAGAAGAUUUUCGUAUGUUCAAAAAUGGAUCUUUUUGGAGGCCACCACCAUUAAAUCCAUACCUGCAUGGGAUGUCAGAAGAGCAAGAAACAGAAGCUUUUGUAGAGGAGCCAAGUAAAAAGGGAGCACUUAAGGAAGAACAGAGGGACAAAUUAGAAGAAAUCCUGCGGGGGUUAACUCCAAGGAAAAAUGAUAUUGGAGAUGCAAUGGUUUUCUGUCUUAAUAAUGCUGAAGCUGCCGAAGAAAUAGUGGAUUGCAUUACUGAGUCAUUGUCCAUCUUAAAGACACCCCUCCCCAAAAAGAUUGCCAGAUUAUAUUUGGUUUCUGAUGUUUUGUAUAAUUCUUCAGCCAAAGUUGCCAAUGCUUCAUAUUAUAGAAAAUUUUUUGAAACAAAGUUAUGUCAGAUAUUUUCAGACCUCAAUGCUACUUAUCGUACAAUUCAAGGCCAUUUACAGUCUGAAAACUUUAAGCAACGGGUAAUGACCUGCUUCAGAGCAUGGGAGGAUUGGGCAAUUUAUCCAGAACCAUUUUUGAUCAAACUACAAAAUAUUUUCUUAGGACUUGUAAAUAUUAUUGAAGAAAAGGAAACAGAGGAUGUACCAGAUGACCUUGAUGGUGCCCCCAUUGAGGAAGAGCUUGAUGGUGCACCUCUAGAAGAUGUGGAUGGAAUUCCUAUUGAUGCUACUCCCAUUGAUGAUCUUGAUGGGGUCCCUAUAAAGAGCCUUGAUGAUGAUCUUGAUGGAGUGCCUUUGGAUGCAACUGAGGACUCAAAGAAGAAUGAGCCCAUAUUUAAAGUUGCCCCAUCAAAAUGGGAAGCUGUAGAUGAAUCUGAAUUGGAAGCACAGGCUGUAACAACUUCUAAGUGGGAGUUAUUUGACCAGCAUGAAGAAUCAGAAGAAGAAGAAAAUCAAAAUCAAGAAGAAGAAAGUGAAGAUGAAGAAGAUACUCAAAGUUCCAAAUCAGAAGAACAUCAUUUGUACUCUAAUCCAAUCAAAGAAGAAAUGACUGAGUCCAAGUUCUCGAAGUACUCUGAAAUGAGUGAGGAAAAACGAGCUAAACUUCGUGAAAUUGAACUCAAAGUUAUGAAGUUUCAGGAUGAAUUGGAAUCUGGAAAAAGACCUAAAAAACCAGGCCAAAGCUUUCAGGAGCAAGUAGAACAUUACAGAGAUAAACUUCUUCAACGAGAGAAAGAGAAAGAAUUAGAAAGAGAACGAGAAAGAGAUAAAAAGGAUAAAGAAAAAUUGGAAUCUCGAUCCAAAGACAAGAAGGAAAAAGAUGAAUGUACUCCAACAAGGAAAGAAAGGAAGAGGCGACACAGCACAUCCCCUAGCCCAUCUCGCAGUAGCAGUGGUAGACGAGUGAAAUCCCCUUCACCCAAAUCGGAGCGAUCAGAGCGUUCAGAAAGAUCUCAUAAAGAGAGCUCACGAUCCAGGUCAUCUCACAAAGAUUCUCCUAGAGAUGUUAGCAAAAAGGCCAAAAGAUCACCAUCUGGUUCGAGGACACCUAAAAGGUCUAGGCGAUCACGGUCUAGAUCUCCUAAAAAGUCAGGGAAGAAAUCCAGAUCCCAGUCCCGAUCUCCACACAGGUCUCAUAAAAAGUCAAAGAAAAACAAACACUGACAUAAAUUUUUAAGAUGCUGUCACUUAUUGGAAAUGCAAUUUUGUUUUGUGCCUGAAUGGUCUGUUUUUUUAAAAAAAAAAAAUAACAAAAAAUCAAAUGAAAGAGCAUUCCUGGAUUUUUUGUUUGUUUGUGAAUGCAUGUGUAAACUCAUGAGUAACUGCAUCUGUAGACCUGUCCUUGUUUUAUAUUGUAUAAAUUACUUUUGUUGUGGCUGUUUCUCAAAUUGAAAUUUUUAUUGUGCUAAUGAAUUUCAUCAGAAAUGUGUAUAAUGGAUCUGCUGGCAGUAGUAGUAUUUUGUUUUAGGAUGUUGUGACUUAGCAAAAAUAAUACAGAUGUCUUCCCCCCUUUUGUAGCUUUGACAAUUUGAAUUAGAUUUCAAAUAAAAUCUGAACAGAAAACUAUAAUGUUGUUUUUUUGCCCUAUUGGUGACAUCAAGUCCCUUAAAGUCCUACUAAGUGAGUUUAGCACUUCUGUUGUGUUUCUUAUACUUAAUGCACUUUAUAAGCUCCAUUGUUCAAGUAGCUAAAGUUUUAUAUUUACUAAGAUGACUAUCAAAAUUAAGGGACCUGAGAUUCCUAUUUGGUAGGUUUGCCAACCAACUUCUUUGAUAAGGCUAUCUUGGGUAAUACUAGUACCCAGAGAUCAAAAAACUAAGGAAAGGUGGCAUGGUCUUUUUGUUAAUGGAAUGCCUGGCUAAAAUAUUUUUUCUUUUAUCAAAGAAGCAAUAUGAUUUCAGUGUACUCAGCCUAUGUCCUGAGCAACUAUUUAUUUUUAGGGAAAAAUUAACUCUCCAUCUUUUGGUUUCAUCUUCUAUCAUGAAAGAAGUUUAUUUAUAAAAUAAAUUUUCUAACAAGAGUUGGCCAUAGAAGUUUUUUGUAUGAUAAUUGCCCUUUUAUAGCCCUGUGUAGGUUAUCUUUCAAACACUGGUAUCAGUAUAUUUCUACAAAGUUCUAUUUAAAGCACCUUAGUUGUUUUUUUUUUGUUUGUUUUUUAAGAAUUGAGUUUUAGCUUUACCUUUAAGUAAAGCUUAAAAGUAAAAUAGUUUUCAGGAAACUUAACAUCCAGUGGUUUGUAAAUUCAAGGUGCAAAAAGUUGAUUUAAACAAUUUGCAGAGUUAAAAUCUGUUACACAAUGGGAAUAAAAUUGCUGCAGUAUGAGGAAGAAAUAAGAAAACUUGUAUAAUGUUGAUCAUAAUAUUGCUACAAUAUAAUGUAAUAAAGGGUUAUGUAGUCUUGAACUGACACUACUACUAUUUGUGAAUCUUUCAGUUUUUUUGGACACAUUAUGCAGUGGUUUUAAUGUUUUGGUUUUUCCCCCUUAAUAGCAUAGAUAACCAUUCUAAUAAUGGAUUGUUUUGAGUUACCUUUUUAAAACUAUAUUUUCAAGUUGCUUUAUUUAAUGUUGCCUAGUUAUAAAAUAAAAUAAGCUGCACCGAUGAUGUGGGAAGUAGGUAUAUUAGCUGGUGGUGAGGUGUGCUAUUUCCAAACUGGGCAAACCUACAGCAGCUUUAUAAAUGAGCCGAUCCGGUUAUUGGACUGAAUGGUUCUUACCAACAUGCAAUAUUGCUUCAAGGUUAUUCCCUUAUUGUUCACUCUUUUGUUUGUUCAUAAUGUUAGGGAAUGUUAAUUCCUAAAUGUUGCUUAGAAUAAUUAAAUGUGAACAUUUGGUGCUGGUUUUUAAAAACCUACAGAUACAGCCAUUUUUAAAGGUUUUUAAAAACCUACAGAUAUAGCCAUUUUUCAAGUGUUUUUUCUCCCCUGUUGCUAGCCUAGGGGGAGGAAAUUUUAUAUAUACCUUUCUUUGCAAAAAAAAAAAAAAUAAUGUUGAGUUCCUGGUGAUUUGGGCAUUCCAUAAUUAGUUGGUAUCUAGUAUAGGCUUAGACACAAUAUGGCAGGUCAUGAUUUUUGCAGUCAAAUUACAAGGAAUGCUUAUUUUUCUCUCUCAAAAAAAAUAUUCUGAGGAAGGAGGAGUGAGUAGAAAUUGUUAGGUCAGUUUUGGGUGCUUAUUUGUAGUAUUUUUCCUACUGCAGUGGAAUUAGCAGUUCUUUUAAUGUGGAUCCAGGUACAACGAAUAUCUUAAGGAGGAUUAGAUUGGCUUUCUUUGGGUGGGUGGGUGGGGAUUGCUUAGGCUUGAUAGAGUAUGUGUUCUGUAGAGUUUACUAAUUGUGUGUAUUAGAUUGUAUUGGAUUUUUUUUUUCUGGAAUUGCAAAUGGUUAUUUCCAAUUUUACUUAGAAAAUAUCUAGAAUAAGCCUGUUUAAUUCUUCAUGGAUUCUAUGAAAGUUUAACAAGAUCAGAAAUUGGUGAAUUCUAAGGAGGGAGAUACUUUACCAUUUUUUUAAAAAAUAGCAUAUUAUUCAUGUUUCACAUCUAAAGAUAAAGAUCAUUAGAUAGCAGAAUUUCUUCAGGUUGACUAAAACGUUCAUAGGAUAACUUUCUAGUUACAGGAAAUAACCUGGUCCAGCUCUGUAGUAGACGGUUUUGCUCUAUCAUAGCUACGAGUAAGAGGAAAUCCUCGGUUACCUACUCUUUUCACAAAGAGUGUGGCUUAAACUCUUUACCCUCUCCUAACAUUUAUACACAGGGAUUUCUUACCAGGUUAAUACCAUUAAUCUCCUCCUACACUGAGAGAAAGUAAAUAAAUGGUGGUCUAUUUCUUACCAAAGAGAGACCUAUGAUUGAAAAGGAUCAUGUUUGUGUAUCUUUUCUGUGACAUUGUAUUUCCUUAUUCCCAUUAGUUAAGCAUAUGGACAUUUCUAAACUGUAACAUGUUGAGAAGUUAAAAGAUUAAAGAACUAAAACAGCAAAAAGCCCUGACCCAAAAGAAUGAUUUUAUGAUGCUCAGAAUGUUCUUGGCUUUUCUGCUAAAGUUUGCAGAAAUUACUAGACACUGACCUAAUUUUUCUUUAUUGCAGACCAUUCCUGUGAGCUAACCCUGAGACUUUUAUCCCAAUUAAAGAAUCUUAGAAGAAAUACUUGCUUAUGACUUCUGUAUUUUCCCCCCAGAUUUUAAUAGUCUUGAAAAUAUUUUUAAGAGAUUCCAACCAUGAUUUAAUUUAUUAGCUGUGUUCUACACAUUUGCCUUUGCGAUCACAUAAAUUCUGAAUUUAUGUGGCCGUGAUAAUAGCCUAUCAUUAUGAUUAUUAACAAAUAAGAGCAGAUAAAUCCCUGUAUUGCCAAAGUGGCUUAAGCUAUUCUGAUGACCACAACAGUGUGAUCUCUUCAACAGAGAAGGUUGUUUUUUUUUUUUUUUAAAUAGUACCACUUUUCUAAGACAGUACAUUUACGAAAUUUGAGCUUUGUUCUUUGUCGUUUUCCUUUUAUACUUUCAUGGAAAAGCAAAUUACAGAAAAUUCAGUCCAGAUAGUAACGAAGACACUAGUCUAAGUUGAACACAUGACUGUAAAAGCUCACAAAGUGCUUGGUUUCUUCAUAUUUCACAUGCAGGUUUUAGACAGAUUGUAGGGGGUAUUUAAUUUGUUGCCUUUUGGCUUUUUUUCUUCAUUUUUGUUAUCAACUUCCCAGGACUUAGAUAAUCCCCAAAUGCAGAUCCCAGGGGAAGUGUUGUGACGAUAGACUAAAAGGUGGGAAUGUGCUGCUGUUCAGAGUGAGCCAUGUUCCAUUGUUGAAAAUUCAAUGCCUCAGUGUUUACUCAGUACCACCUCAUGGAGCUUUGGUGUAAAUGGAUUAUGUGUAUCAUUGGUUAUUUAUAUAGUUUUGUAGCUCUAUAGAUAAAAUGCCCUCAUUCAUUUUCACAUGUAAUUGUGCUUGGAGUAUUUGUUUUCUCCUUUUACUUCAACAGGCUCUUGUACGUUACAUCUCUGGUGAUUCGAAAUAUCAGGAAAGACAAUUUUUCAGGAAUGAGAAUAAUAUAGUUGAAAUCAGCUCAGCUGAAAUACUUUACAGCAAGACAAUUUCUUUUGGGUGAACGGAUUCCAUAAUUUAGUUACCCUUGAUGUAAGGAUUAAGUUUAUUGUGGAGCUGCUUUCCAGACUGUUACUUUAUAGUUUUUCUACAUAAAGAUUAUAUAGUUGCAAAGGUUGUGGAAUUUCCCUUUUGUUGUUGUUUUUUGACUUUUAAUUACUUUAAUAAAAAUACAUUGUUUUCAUAGCAAACUAGCCUGUUCAUGUAAUUUUCUCCAUGUAGUUUUUCUAAUGUGAGCCCAGUAAACCAUGUCUGGUUUUCAGCAGCUUUCUAUCAAGUCAAAUAAGUUAUGUGUCACAUUUAUCAGUUCUAGCUAAAAUGUUACAUUUUAUAUGUUUAAACUCUAAUAAAAUAUUUUCAUGAUAGAUGA